AUGGCCAUCCCUGGUGAACCUUCCCCGAAUGCGGUGGCACCGAGACUGGACUACCUAUUGCGACGGGCGCGUGUUGUUAAGCAGAGCACAUCUAUCGACCCUGCCCUACCGGUUCCAGAGCUCGUGCCAGAGAGCGAGUCCCUCUUGGGUGACAUAGAAGGCGAGAAGGAAGUGCGCGCUCUUGCAGUUGAGAGCGCAGCAAAGGCUGUAUUCUAUGCUAAUCUUGGCUCAACUCGAAUCGACGAGGCUGCCUUCGUGACAGUCUGGAAUCUACUCGACAUCUUGCAGUUCUGCGGCGACCGAGACUUGUGUUCACCGCAGUUAGUACUGCUGCUCAUCGAAGAACUACUUGACAGCCAGUCGAUCGCAGGGUGUCGGACAGUAUUCAACUUUCUUGAAUCGCGGAGGGAGGCCAUCAUUGCAAUCAAUUCUAGGAACAAGGACCUAGUCAUCCUACGGCUAUGCAACGAACUACUUCGCCGGCUAUCCCGCGCAGAGGAUCCAGUGUUCUGCGGGCGUGUCUACAUUUUCAUGUUCCAGAGCUUCCCACUGGGAGACAAGAGCUCAGUGAAUCUUCGCGGCAACUUCCAUGUAGAGAAUGUGACGACGUUCGAGGAAUUCUUGAAGGAUUCGGACGCAGGCGAAGACUUGAUGCAAAUCGAUGGUGACGGCUCUGUACCUGCUGCUAAGGAAGAUGCAAAGUCAGACGAAAGCACGACCAAACUAGUAGAACUCGACAAGAGCAAGGAUGGAACACCAACCACUCUCGACAUCGAAGCGUUGUACCCUGUUUUUUGGUCUCUACAGCACUCGUUCUCCAAUCCACCCCGGCUUUUUGAGGAAGACAACUUCAAGCAAUUUCAGAAGAGCUUGGAGGCGACACUCGCCAAGUUCAAAGAGGUGCCCAAGGUCAUACAAGCCGGAGACUCGGAGCGCAAGAAGGGACCUAAGUCCGGGUUGGACGAUGAUUACGAUGCUUUCGCGAACACCUACAAUCCAAAGUACCUUACAAGCCGCGAUCUAUUCAAGCUUGAGUUGAGCGAUCUCGCCUUCCAACGUCAUAUCCUUGUUCAAGCACUGAUACUCAUCGACUUCCUCUUGACGCUAACAGAGAAGUCGAAGAACAAGCCUUUCUAUCAAAACGCACAGAAAGCGAUGCAGUACAAUUUCACGCUUCGCGAGGAGGAUACCGAGUGGGCAUUGGGCAUCAAGAACGCCAUCGCAAAUUACCUGCAGGAGGGCCCAGAUGGCAAAUUUUAUUACCGGAUGGUGGACACGGUCCUCUCCCGCGACAAGAACUGGGUGAGGUGGAAAAUGGAGAAUUGUCAACCAUUUACUCGAGACAGAGUCCCCACGGGAAAUUUCCUUCAGGCCAAGUCUGGGGCACAAAAAGCAGUCGUUAGCAAGAAGGCCUCUAAGCCUUUAGGUGUCCCCAGUACCUUAACAUUCCUAUACAACACUGAGGCAGGAAAGGGGCUCUCACAACUCAGGCAACGCGAUAGAUUCAAUGUACCAAACGCAGAGUCAUAUGCAAAUCAAGUCCGAAUGACUGAUUUGGACAUGGACAUGGCUGAUACAGAGGGGGAAAAGCGGCAAGUGGGGGAGAAGAAAUCAAGUUACGUCUGGAGGGGCCUUCGCCUGGCAUCCAAGAAGCAGCUAAGCGCUUUUGAUAGGAUCGAGCAUGGGAGAGGUCUGGAGGCUCUUCAGCCGGUUACCUCUUCCACUGAGGCGAUGGACGAUGGCACAGCACCCUCUGCUUCGGAUGACAGGGGUUCAGCUCCGCAAGACGAACAUCAGAGCGUCGAGGAGCAGCGGGCCGGCCAACAAAGUCAAGUGACCAUGGACACGGCGGCGUAG